AUGGAGUAUGAAGAUGUACUGCGGCAGUACCUCGGUGAGUUCGGCAGGUACCAGAAACUGGCAGCUGUGCUCAUCAUCCUGGUCGGUCCGUCUGUCGGCGCGACAAUGCUCGCCCAGGCUUUUCUGGCGGCUACUCCCGGUCACCACUGCCGGCUCUACCAGAACAACUCUUCGGGCAUGUAUGGCCACCCCUCCGGUAGACUCAAUGUCAGUGUUCCCAUGGAAAACGUGGACGGUGCGUCGAGGUUCAGCUCGUGUUUGAUGUACAACAGAAGUGGUGGAACAGCAACAGGGGAUAACCUCACAGUAAUAUCGUGUAUCCACGGCUGGGAGUACGACCAGAGCAUAUAUCACAGCACUGUUGUCACAGAGUACGACCUUGUGUGUGGGCGCCACUGGUUAAAGGAACUGGGUCAGUCCAUCUUCAUGGUGGGGAUGUGCGCUGGGGGUCUAAUCUCAGGAAUGACAUCGGACAGAUUUGGACGCCGUCCAACGGUUCUAGCCUGCAUCCUGCUGCAGCUGAGUUCUGGACUUGCUGCUGCCUUCACCAAAGAUUUCAUUGCCUUCGUUGUUCUCCGUCUGCUUGCCGGCGGCGCUGCCAACGGUCUCUUCUACGUCGGCUUACCACUCGCCUUAGAAGUUAUCGGCUCGUCCAAGCGCAAUGUGGUGGGAAUGACGAUCUCGAUGAGCUUUAUCGUUGGUUCAGUCGUUCUCGGAGGCCUUGCGUACUUUCUGCGGGAUUGGUGGAGCCUUCAGCUGGCCCUGGCACUUUUAUCAGCGCCGCUGCUCUCGUACUGGUGGCUUCUUCCCGAGUCUCCGCGAUGGCUCCUGAGUAACAACCGGACCAAAGAAGCCAGAAUCAGCAUUCAGAAGGCUGCCAAGGUCAACAAGGUCACCAUUCCGGAUGAUGUAUACCAUAAACUGACAAAACCGAAAGGCAAAGAACCUGGGGAAAAAUCCAAGAAGUACAGUUUGAUCGACCUGUUCCGAGGUCCUCGUCUGAGGAUGAGUACAAUAACGAUGUCUUCAGUCUGGUCUGCCACAGUGGUCGUGUACUUCGCCUUGAUCAUCGGUUCUGCCGACCUGGCUGGUGACCCUUACCUGAACUUCGUCCUGGGAGCACUGCUGGAGAUCGGGCUGUCUCUUGUGGGUUUGGUUGCCAUGGAGAAGUGGGGGAGGAGGCCUGUGGUUGGUGGAUAUCUGUUCCUGUCAGGAGCCGCCUGUCUGGCAGUGGCAGCAAGUCCAACAGAGCGACAGGAGGUUAUUCGAUAUUUGUUCUUGGUCGGUCGGUGUGCCAUCGGAGCCGCCUUCACCACUCUGGCCGUGUACACCCCGGAGGUUUUCCCCACCGUGGUCAGGACGAUGGGCGCGGGCGUGGCCAACAUGUCGUCCCGUGUGGGCGGCAUCCUGUCCCCGUUCGUGUCCCUGCUGGCUGACGUGUGGCCGCCCCUCCCCAUGCUCACGUUCGGGGUUCUCAGCACUCUGGGCGGCGCCGGAGUCUUCAGUCUGCCGGAGACGUUCGGAAUCCCUCUGCCGGAUACACUGGAAGACGCCGAGAACUUGGGAAGAGAGCAACAAACAAAGUUUGACACAGCAGGAAAGAUCAUCGAACCCGAACGCGACCGUGACCUCAGCUACAUUGGACCUGUUGUAGUCUUGGUCAUCAUGGAGUAUGAAGAUGUACUGCGGCAGUACCUCGGUGAGUUCGGCAGGUACCAGAAACUGGCAGCUGUGCUCAUCAUCCUGGUCGGUCCGUCUGUCGGCGCGACCAUGCUCGCCCAGGCUUUUCUGGCGGCCACUCCCGAGAACCACUGCCGGCUCUACCACAACGACUCAUCGGGCAUGUACCCUUCCGGUAGACUCAAUGUCAGCGUUCCCAUGGAAAAUGUGGACGGUACUUGGAGUUUCAGCUCUUGUUUGAUGUACAACGGAACUGGUGGAACAGCAACAGGAGAUAACCAAACAGUAACAUCGUGUAACCACGGCUGGGAGUACGACCAGAGCAUAUAUCACAGCACUGUUGUCACAGAGUACGACCUUGUGUGUGGGCGCCACUGGUUAAAGGAACUGGGACAGUCCAUCUUCAUGGUGGGGGUGAGCGCUGGGGGACUCAUCUCAGGAACGGCAUCGGACAGAUUUGGGCGCCGUCCAACGGUUCUAGCCUGCAUCCUGCUGCAGCUGAGUUCUGGACUUGCUGCUGCCUUCACCAAAGAUUUCAUCGCCUUCAUUGUUCUCCGAUUGCUUGCCGGCGGUGCUGUCAAUGGUCUCUUCUACGCCGGCUUAACCCUUGCCAUAGAAGUUAUCGGCUCGUCUAAGCGCAAUGGGGUGGGAAUGACGAUCUCAAUAAGUUGGGCCGUGGGUACAGUCGUUCUCGGAGGCCUUGCGUACUUUCUGCGGGAUUGGUGGAGCCUUCAGCUGGCCCUGGCUCUACUAUCAGCCCCAAUGCUCUCAUACUGGUGGCUUCUCCCCGAGUCUCCGCGAUGGCUCCUGACUAACAACCGGACCAAAGAAGCCAGAAUCAACAUUCAGAAGGCUGCCAAGGUCAACAAGGUCACCAUUCCAGAUGAUGUCUACGAUAAACUGACAAAACCGAAAGACAAUGAACCUGGGGAAAAACCCAAGAAGUACAGUUUGAUCGACCUGUUCCGGGGUCCUCGUCUGAGGAUGAGUACAAUAACGAUGUCUGCAGUCUGGUUUGCCACAGUGGUCGUGUACUAUGCCUUGAUCAUCGGUUCUGCCGACCUGGCUGGUGACCCUUACCUGAACUUCGUCCUGGGAGCACUGCUGGAGAUCGGGCUGUCUCUUGUGGGUUUGGUUGCCAUGGAGAAGUGGGGGAGGAGGCCUGUGGUUGGUGGAUAUCUGUUCCUGUCAGGAGCCGCCUGUCUGGCAGUGGCAGCAACUCCAACAACUAUGCAGGAAGUUAUUCGGUACCUUUCCUUGGCCGGUCGGUGUGCCAUCGGAGUCGCGUUCAACACUUUGAUGGUGUACACCCCGGAGGUUUUCCCCACUGUCGUCAGGACGAUGGGUGUGGGCGUGGCCAACAUGUCGUCCCGUGUGGGCGGCAUCCUGUCCCCGUUCGUGUCCCUGCUGGCUGACGUGCGGCCGCCCCUCCCCAUGCUCACGUUCGGGGUUCUCAGCAUUCUGGGCGGCGCCGGAGUCUUCAGUCUGCCGGAGACGUUCGGAAUCCCUCUGCCGGAUACACUCGAAGACGCCGAGAACUUGGGAAGAGAGCAGAAAACAAAAGUUGACAAAGAAAAGAAGAUCACCGAACCCGAACGCGACCGUGACCUGAGCUACAUUGGACCUGUAGUAGUUAGUGGCCACGUGAUUUGGGACAAUGAAUUCUUCUUUUAGAAUCAUACGAGAAUGUUGAUACACGUAUAUCGGGGUGAGCCACGCGAACACGAAUCCCUCAAUAUCAAUGUGAAGUCGAUUUAUUUACACCUGCUCGCCGAAAUAUGCCGAGGACCGGCUCUUUUUUAAGGAAAUUAUCAAUCAAAUCGGUGUCUAGAAUUUAUUUUAGGUGAUGACACAUGCAUAUAUGGCAUGUUUGCGCCGUGCUUCUUGAUUUGUUGAAAAAUAAGACACGCCUUGGAUUUGGUGGUGGGUGACGGUUUUAUUGGAGCAUAGGCAUAACAAUGAACAUAUCCAGAUAAUAAUCUGUUUUUAACAAUUGCAACGUCAUAUCAUUUAGCAAAAAUGAAAGCUAUGGAAAGGUGAAUUCAAUGAUAUAUGGUACUAAGCUAUGUCUUUGCCAUUUAUAGUUGAGCAGCAUCAUUGAAUCUCACAAUGCAAGUCUAGUUUUAUGAUAGGAUGAUAUGAUUUUUCUAAAGCUUAUCAAAUAUUGACUAACAUCAAUUACCAGCUGAUCAAAACAAAUU